AUCUAUAAACUUGUAUUCCUUAAAAUAAACAAAAGGGCAAUAAAGUUAAAGUUUAGAUUGUUUUAUUUUAAAAUAUAAUAAGAAAAAGAGUGGAGUUUUAAGUAUGGGAAGGCGAUUAUUUUCCCUUAAAUAAAACAAAUCUCGUCCAUUUUUUCCUACUAGAUCCCAUCAUAUCAUUCCUCUCCAAAACCAUGCUACCUCCGUCGCCAUAUCCACCGGUAUACCACACUAACGCCACCACCUAACUCCGACCACCUUCAAGCAAUGGCAAACGAUGGGUCUCAAACAUUUCAUUGGCAGGAUGACGACCUCGACGACGAUAACUUCCAAAUCCACGGCCGCACACUUCUCUACAUAGUCGUCCUCUUUUCCAUUAUCCUCCUGAUAACUUUCAUCUUCUUCCUCUACGCUCGCUGUGUUGUCCGCUCCCGCUCCUCCUCCGCCGACAACGCCGUCAGCACUUCCUCCCUUACACGGAACUCGCCACCUUCAUCUCAGCCACAAGGUCUCGAUGCAGCCACGAUCAACAGCAUCCCGAUCACUAUUUACCAUCGGUCUCCGACGACGACGGGCUUGAGUUCUUCGGAGACGAAUGAGUCUUCAGAAUGCAGUAUUUGCCUUGGAGUUUUCGAAGAAGGGGAUAAAGUGAAGGUGUUGCAGAGUUGCUGCCAUUGUUAUCAUUGUGACUGUGUCGACAAGUGGUUGAUUACCCAUUCGAGUUGUCCUAUGUGCAGAGCUUCUGUUCGAGUUGAGUCACCGGUUUGACUCGCAUGUUUCAAUUUCCUUCUUGUUUAAAUUUUUUUAUAUACGCUUAGUUUAUUAGUUUAAAUUAUUUAAGAUAUUAAGUUCCCCAAGAUAAAUGCGCCCCGAGAUAAUUUGCUAAAAGAUUCGACCACAUGCACAGAAUCUAAAAUUUAGAUCGUAACAGUAUUUAAUUGUGAAUAUAAAUUAUCAUUCCCAAGUAGAUUGUAUCUUAUAGAACAAAUUAUAUUGCAUUUUAAUAAAUCUUUAACCCUUAAUUUAUAUAAA